AUGGGUCGUGUCCGAACAAAGACCGUCAAGAAGGCCUCCCGGGUUAUUAUCGAAAAAUAUUAUCCACGUCUCACCCUUGACUUUCAAACGAACAAAAAAAUAUGUGAUGAAGUUGCAAUUAUCGGGUCCAAACGGCUUCGUAAUAAGAUUGCUGGAUUUACAACACAUUUAAUGAAACGUAUUCAAAAAGGUCCUGUUCGUGGUAUUUCCUUCAAAUUGCAAGAAGAGGAACGUGAACGAAAAGACAACUACGUGCCAGAAGUUUCAGCCUUGGCCACUGACAACAUUGAGAUUGAUCCAGAAACAAAAGAACUCUUAAAAGCUUUGAAUCAUGAAAACCUGCCAGGUAUUAAUGUGAUCAACCCGGUACCAUUGAAUAAUCUUGCUGAACGUCCUCGUGGCCCAAGACGUACUAAUACUGAUCGUCCACCUCGUCAACAACAAGAAGCAUAA